AUGGACGGGCCUGAUGUCGGCGGUGACCAAGCAUUCCUCUACAUGCACACCAAGAGGGAUAGGAAAACCCGAAGGCCAGUCUUUGGUACGGACAGGACACGAUCUGAGCACAAAGUUUCCUCCAGAGGCAAAGACCUCUCCAGGCUCGUCCUGUCAGUCUCCGAGAGUCGGAAGCGGGCAAGGUUCCAGCCUGCCUUGCUGAGUCACCAGCAUCUGAUUGAUUUCUCCCCGACGCAGAACUGGUCAAGAUGCUGGAGCUGUGACCUUCCCGUCAGAGCUGACUGGAAAGUCUGCCCGUCGCUAGAGUGCAGAGCGGAUCUGACCAGAGAGCUCUCGGAGCGAGGGAGGGAGGGGAAGGCAGCGUCCACUGCAGCGGCUCAAUCCUCCGCCAGGCACCGAUCGGAAGAGCUUUCAGACGAGGAGGUGGAGUUUGAGAUGAUGAAGGAGGGCGAGUCGGACGAAGGUGAGUCGGGAAAGGGACAGCAGGAGCGGGAGGACGACCAGGAGUCUUUCUCCGAUCUGGAAUUGGACGAGACCAAGUAUCGCAAGCUUUCUCAACCUCGGGCGCAGAACGGCCUCUCCAGCCACAGCAUGUCUGAGGGCGAGCCGUGGUGCCUGCGAAUCAACGACGAGGAGUGGAACUUGGAAUAUCGCAAGCAGCAUGCUAAGGUGGGGAAGAAGAUUUUCAACAACAUGGUUGCGACGAGCAAAUACAACCUCUACAACUUUUUGCCUGUCAAUCUUUACGAGCAGUUUUCGAGGCUGGCGAACAUCUACUUCCUCAUCAUCUCCAUCCUCCAGCUCUUCACCAGCCUCUCCCCCACCAGCCGCUACAGCACCGCUGGGCCCCUGCUGCUUGUAGUGAGCGCAAACAUGAUCAGGGAGGUGUGGGAGGACUCGGCGAGGCAUCGGGACGACCGGGAGGUCAACAACAGGUACGCACACGUGCUGCCGGCGGAUGAGGAGGAGGAGCUGUGCGCAUGGAAGGAGUUGGUGGUGGGGACGAUGGUCAAGGUGGGCAAGGACGAGCCGCUCCCUGCGGACGUCGUGGUGCUGUGCUCCAGCGAGGAGGGAGGGGCCUGCUACAUCGACACGUGCGACUUGGACGGGGAAACAAACUUGAAGCUCAAGUCCUCCGUCGCCUUCCCUCCUGGACAGGCAGGCGAGAGUGCGGUGAGGAAGAUGAAGGCUGAGCUCGAGUAUGAAGCGCCGAACAAGCGGCUCUACACCUUCCUGGGAAAGCUGAGGAUGGGAAAGGAGGAGAUCGCAGUGGACAACGAGUCAGUGCUCCUGCGGGGGGCCGUGCUGCGAAACACCAAGUGGGUCAUCGGAGUGGUGGUGUACGCGGGGAGGCAGACAAAGAUCAUGAUGAACAACAAGAAGGGGAAGCUGAAGAGGAGCAACGUAGAGCACAGCACCAACAGGAUCCUUGCUGGGAUCCUCUUGUUCGAGCUGGCAAUGUGCUGCAUCGGAACCAUCGGACAUGCGAUCUGGGCUAGUGGAAAGAACAGCGCAACCUGGUACAUGCCGUACCUGGAGAACGAGAGCAAUGGAGAGAAAGCUGCGAUAUGGCUCUCCUACUUCAUCCUCCUCAACAACUACGUUCCCAUCUCCCUCUACAUCACCAUGGAGCUGGUAAAGCUCGGGCAGAAGUUUCUCAUGGACAACGACCUGGACAUGUACCACGAGGCGACAGACACGCCGAUGACGUCAAGAACCUCCAACCUCAACGAGGAGCUCGGGCAGAUCCAGCAGAUCUUCACCGACAAGACAGGCACCCUGACAAGGAACGAGAUGGAGUUCAGGAAGUGCUACAUCGGCUCCUCCUCCUACGGGUUCGGCACCACAGAGAUCGGGCUUGCCGCUGCUGCCAAGCAAAAGGAGGGAGGGGAGGGAGGAGGAGGAGGAGGAGGGAGAGGAGAAAGGAGGGAAGGGGGGGAGGGGGAGGAGGAGAAGUAUGCUGACAGGCGGAGGGCUCAGAUCUUUCCUGAUGCCAAGUGCUCGUUCGACGACUACAGGAUCGUCGAGAGGAUGGCGGAGGGGCACAGGGAGGCUGCGGAGAUCCGCGACUUCCUCCUCCUCCUCUCUGUCUGCCACACGGUGGUGCCGGAGGGGAACGGCGACGGAGCACGUGGUGAACGUGCGGGGGAGGAGGAGAGAUUUCAGAUCCUCAACGUGAACAAGUUCAACUCUGCAAGGAAGCGCAUGUCUGUGGUCUGCCGCACGGGGAGCGGGGAGCUCCUCCUGCUGUGCAAAGGAGCAGACAACGUGAUGUUGGAGAGGCUCAAGAUGGAGGAGGAGGAGAGGAAGAGAGUGGAGCGGGUGCUGCACGGGUACGCCAUGGAGGGGCUGAGGACGCUGGUGCUGGGGAAGAGGAGGCUGAGCGAGGAGCAGUGGAGCAAGUGGAACGAGGCGUACAAGGCGGCGUCGACGUCGCUGGUGGAUCGGGAGGAGGAGAUGAUGCGUGCGGCAGAGAUGAUCGAGCAGGGGAUGAGGCUGGUUGGGGUGACGGCGAUUGAGGACAAACUGCAGGAGGGGGUGCCAGCGACUAUCAAGAAGCUGCGGAAGGCGAGGAUGAGAAUGUGGAUGCUGACUGGGGACAAGAUGGAGACGGCGGAGAACAUCGGGUUCGCCUGCAACCUUCUGCAUGACAACAUGAACAUCGAGAGGAUCUCUGUUGACUCCCUCGCGCGCGCCAAGGAGGAGGUGAAGAGGCUGAGCCAGGCGUGGGGGGGGCGGGAGGACAAGGGAGGGAAGGAGAGGGCACUGGUGGUCGACGGAGCCUCCCUCCUUCACAUCUUCGCUGCUGCUGACGAGGACGGAGGAGGAGGAGGAGGAGGAGGAGGCAGCGAGGAGGCAGCGCUGCUCCGAGAGUUCGUGGAGGUGGCACGAGGAUGUAAGGCCGUGAUCGCCUGCCGCGUGUCGCCGGACCAGAAACGCCAGGUGGUGACGGUGAUGAGGAGGGAGGAGGGAGGACCCCUGUCUCUCGCCAUCGGGGACGGGGCCAACGACGUCCCCAUGAUCAUGGAGGCGCAUGUGGGCGUUGGGAUCAGCGGAAACGAGGGGAUGCAGGCAGUGCGGUCGUCGGACUAUGCCAUCGCUCAGUUCCGGUUCCUAGAGAAGCUGCUGCUGGUUCAUGGGAGGAGCAACUACAAGAGGAUCGCCGUCGUGAUCGCCUAUUCGCUCUACAAGAACUGCUUCUUCGUCACCUCACUCUUCUUCUUCUCCUUCUACAGCGGCUUCACUGCCGCAGCCCUGUAUGACUCGCUCAUGAUUGCUGGCUUCAACAUCUUCUGGUCCUCCAUGGGCAUCAUCGCGUAUGGUGUGCUGGAGCAAGACGUCUCCUCCUCCUCCUCCCUCCUCUACCCCCAGCUCUACAGCUCGGGGCAGCAGCGGCUUGACUUCAACGGCAGAGUCCUUACCGAGUGGAUCCUGCACGCGAUCCUGCACGCUGUCAUCUGCUUCUUCGUCAUCGCCAGGACGUUCCUGGGGAGCAUCGUGGAGGAGGAGGGGAGGGAAAUGGGGCUCGGGCCGCAGGGGACGGCCAUACUACAGGCUCUCGUGAUAGCUGUAAACCUCAAGCUCCUCAUCAUCACUAAACAUCUGACGCUCUGGUCCUGCUUGUUCUAUAGUAUAGGGAUAGUUUUGUUUAUACUUGGAGGGUCAGUCCAUAGGUAA